AUGAAACUCGACAAAGCUCUUGACUGGAGUUAUGAGGGGCAGGAAGUGAGGUAUGAAGAUGGCUACAUGAGAGGAUCAGAUGCAAGGAUCGAGUGGGAGAGAAGGGAAGAUUUUUGUUUCUGUUUGUUUGAAGGAAUUCAAGGCGUGAACAUCAAUUUUGCUGUUCAAGGCGUGAACAACGGUUUUGAUGUUCAAGGCUUGAAGCCUAAGGAAAUCAGUGGCAUCAACAGCUAUUUUUCUGAGCCUGGAACGCUUUCUCAAAUGGGAUGUUCAUCGGUGGCACAAAAGUACAUGGUUAUCGAAGGAGAGCCAAAUGCCUUCAUUCGAAUGAAGAAGGGAGCUGGUGGUGUUACAAUCAAGAAAACCACCCAAGCCUUGGUCUUUUUUAUGACAACCAAUGACCUUGACCAAUGCAAUAUAGUUGUAGAGAGGUUUGGUGACUACCUGAUUGAUACAUGGCUCUGA